AUGACCUCCAAAAGUGCCACCCUUGGCGCCAUGGGAGCUGCCUCCCUCCUCGCGGGCUCGGCAGUCGCAGCACAGGCCUUCGUGGCUCCGUCCAGCUCCAGCAGCACCGCCCUGCGUGGAGCGCCGGCCGCCCAGGCGCACAGCGCGAGCCAAGGCAGCGCAGGCCAGGCUGCGGCUGCCACGGCCGUGGCCACCGCCGCAGUCGUGCUGGUGUCCAGCCGACGUGCCGCACGCAGCAAGGCAGCAACGGCCAGGUGUGCCGAGGCCACGGGUGUCACCGACGAGAAGCCUUUUGCCGGUGGUCUCAUCGGUGGCGAGUCUGCCUUUGCUGGCCAGGACUUCAACUUUGACCCCCUCGGCCUGUCUGUCAAGUGCGAGAAGUACCUGCCUUGGUUCCGGGAGGCUGAGCUCAAGCACGGCAGGAUCGCCAUGUUGGCCUUCGUGGGUUUGGUCGUGCCUGAAAUCGUGCGCGUCCCUGGAACUCAUCCUUGCUACGCAGCCAAGACGGUCGUAGAGGCUCACAACGCCUGUGCAGGCAAUCCUCCGUUCCCCUUCCUCAUCAACGCAAAUGACUUCUUUGGCACGGAGAACAACACCGGCCCCCUGUUCCAGGUGUACGCUUUCUGCGGGGUCGUUGAGAUGUUGACCACCUUCGCCAAGACGUGCAACGUCUCCAACAAGCCCGGCUUGACCCUCGAGAAUGCAGGUGACUAUCAGCUUGGCACCAGCUUCCUUCCAAGCGAACCUGAAAAGAUCAAGGAGAUGAAGCUGAAGGAGUUGAAGAACGGGCGCCUGGCCAUGCUGGCCUUCGGCGGAGCCAUCACACAGGCGACCUUGACAGGCAAUGGCUUCCCGUGGCUCUAUGCCCAGAAGGAGUCCACCUGCGCACUCAGCUCCUCAGUCUCCCCCGCUGCCGGUUCCCUCGCCGGCCGCACUCAGAGCCAGCGCAGUGUGGUGGCCAGACAGGCCGGCUACAAGAUGAGCGCCGCCGUCCCCUUCCUCCCGAUGUCCCCAGCAUUGGAGGGCAUCCCCGGAGAGGAGGAGGGCUUUGACCCCAUGGGCUUCUCCUUGGCCUUCGAAAUCGGAUGGCUGCGUGAGGCAGAGCUCAAGCACGGGCGUGUUGCAAUGCUCGCGACCGUUGGCUGGAUCACCACGGACCUGGGAUAUCGAGUUCCCGGCGACGCCUUCCAGGUUUCGACCAUUGAAGCCCAUGACGCCAUGGUGAAGUUCGGGGGAAUGCCGCAGAUCCUCAUCUGGUGCGGGCUCCUGGAGGUGCUCGGGCUCUUCGCCUACGUGAACAUGCGCGAGGGCAAGACGGAUCGCAAGCCCGGCGACUUCGGCCUUCGUGGUUUCUACCCUAGCGAUGCAAAAGGCCAGUAUGAGAUGCAGGUGAAGGAGCUCCGCAACGGCCGCCUGGCCAUGCUGGCCUUCUCCGGCAUCGUCACGUCCGCCGUUCUUACCCAGGAACAGUGGCCUUUCUUCGAUGCGGCCAUCUCUGCCUUGCCUCGAAAGGACGAGGCCCGGUCGGGCGCCGCCUUCUGCGGCUCUGCGGCCCCCGAGCGUGCGGGCCGAACUCUGCGCCAGGCAUCCUCCUCCAAGAGCUUGCCUUUCCUGCCCAAGCCCGCAAACCUGGGCGGACUUGUGGGAGGCGAGGCGGAGUUCGAUCCUCUUGGCUUCUCGGACUUGAUCGACGUCAGGUGGCUUCGUGAAGCCGAGCUGAAGCACGGCCGCGUGUGCAUGCUCGCAACCAUCGGCUUCGUUGCCGAGCAGUACUGGCAGCUUCCGGGCUUCGACGGGGCGGAGGACGCCCUCCAGGCCAUCUACACGGCCCCCUUGAAUGCCACCGGGGUCCUGCUCUUCCUGUGCGGCUACAUUGAGAGCUCGACCUACGGAGGAAAGAUCACGAUGCUGGACAUGUUCGAGGGAGAGGGCGCCAAGCGCGAGCCCGGCGACCUGAACUUCGGCAAAAGAUUCCUCCCGACAGACAAGGCAAAGGCCGAGGAGCUGAUGGUGAAGGAGCUGAGCAACGGGCGCCUGGCCAUGCUGGCCAUCUCCGGCAUGAUCCACCACAACCUGGUUGUCAAGGGGCCCCUCUUCCCACUCUUCCCCGAGGGCUACGUGGGACCCCAGGGCUCCUGGGACCUGGACUCCACCGCCGGGGCACUGAACAGCGGACGAUGGGGCCUGUAA